AUGGAAACCUUUUCGACCCUUUCUUCGUAUUCUUCCAUAGCUACCGCUCAUUCCUUGGGAAGGGAUCAUACUACCGAAGAGUGGGAAUCUUUUCAGUUCCGAUUCGGGUUUGUCCUAGAACAUGGAGUGCAAAUCCCCUUUCUUGAUGCAUCACUUUACAAUCCUCCUGAGGGAAAAGUUAGCAUUCUAAUCGCUUUGUUUGAAGCAGGUCUUCGUUUGCCUACUAUAGACUUCUUCAACCUGAUUAUCCACGAAUGUGGGUUUUUCGUGAGAGAUUUGACCCCUAUUGCUAUAAACAAGAUAAUGGGUUUUGAACUCCUCUGUCGUGCCCUAGGCCGCCUGCCGACUGUUCCAGCCUUCAACGACCUCGUGGUGCUCAGCUAUCCAAGGGCUAAGGUGUACAUCGACCGCGCUCCAACACGCUUUGGUGCUGACAAUGAUCUGGCUGAUGCCCUAAAGAAGAUCAACAUCAAUGGUGAAGAUUGGCUUGAUUUCUUCUUGGUCUCUUGCGAAAUGAGCGUCGCUUGGAGGGCUCGCGGGAAGAUGCCCGAGUUUUUCAUCGAGAAAGAAGGUAUUGUGCUUCUCAGACUGUUUUUUCAUGCCCCUUGCCCCUUUUUAAUCGGCAAAGAACGUUUUAAUUGGCAUUUUGGUUAA